GGGACAUUCUGCUGAACACUCUAGUUCUGAAGGAGCACGCGGAUGUCGCGUCGAUUCCGGUAAAACUGUCCUACGGCGUGCCGUCCUCGGUGCUUAUCGAGAUUCUGGCGAAACAGGUGGACAUCCAGGAGAAAAAGUGCUUCACACAGGAAGACUGUUUCGCACCCGGGAGCGAGGUGAACCGGUGCGUCAAGCAGGUGUGUCGCUCAGUCGAGGUCGGCUACAGUGUGGGGUUGUUUCCCAAAAAAAUGGACGACCACGCGCCUGUGAACGGCGGCGUUGGCAUCACGAUGCAGGUCCCGGGAACGAGUGCGGUCGUGGCCUUGACCGGGCACCCGGUGCCGAACGUGAAGAAGGACUUCGCGGUGCUGAACUCCCCGGCUUUGGUGCCCCUCGCCUACAACACAUUGCCUUGCAAAGUCACCGACCGUUCCAUCCACUCCGCACAAGCGUCCACCGUGAACGACUGCAUCGAAC